GGGUCAGGGGUGCGCCCCCUCCCUCCCCCGCGGAGGGCUCUCGGCCCGAGAUUCACUUUCUUGCCCCCCUUUCCCCGCCCCCUCCUCGGAAAUGCUCUUUGGCCCACAGGCACAUCAACAAAAAUAAAGAUAGGCUCUCUUUUCCUGGAGAUUCCUUGAGAGUACUCCAGUACCCUUUUCAAGGGCUCACAGACUGCAGUCUUACCUAGGGAACUUUGAUUCCUCUCCCCCAAAUUAUUGGAGCCUUCUGCACCCUCGCCUUUGCUGAGAAUUCUUCAGACAGGGCUGGAAGCCAGGAUCCUCUGAUUGUUCUUGGAUCGGGAUUCUCAGGAAUUGGAUGAAGUAAUUGAUCACUAAUGAACUACAGUGCUGGUGAGAUGUGUAAGAAAUUAUAAAGAGCUCUGAUGGGCUAUUUGGGUGAUACCCAGUGCAGUGAACUGCAGGAUUUUUGUCCCUGAGUCAUGGAAGACAGAAGAGCGGAAAAGUCAUGUGAACAAGCAUGUGAAUCACUUAAGAGGCAGGACUAUGAAAUGGCCCUCAAGCACUGCACAGAGGCCCUUCUUUCUCUAGGCCAGUACUCCAUGGCAGACUUCACAGGGCCUUGUCCUUUGGAAAUAGAACGCAUCAAAAUCGAGAGUCUUCUCUACAGAAUUGCCUCAUUUUUGCAACUGAAAAAUUAUGUGCAAGCUGAUGAAGAUUGUAGACAUGUGCUGGGAGAAGGACUGGCCAAGGGAGAGGAUGCCUUUCGGGCAGUGCUUUGCUGCAUGCAGCUGAAAGGGAAGCUCCAACCUAUAUCCACCAUUCUUGCCAAGUCACUGACAGGAGAGUCCCUGAAUGGGAUGGUAACAAAGGAUUUGACAAGACUAAAAACACUUCUUUCAGAAACAGAGACAGCAACUAGUAACGCCCUCUCUGGAUAUCACGUGGAAGACUUAGAUGAGGGGUCUUGUAAUGGUUGGCAUUUCCGCCCACCACCUAGGGGAAUCACAAGCAGCGAGGAAUAUACUUUGUGUAAAAGAUUUUUAGAGCAAGGAAUAUGUAGGUAUGGUGCCCAGUGUACUUCAGCACAUUCCCAGGAAGAACUAGCAGAAUGGCAGAAAAGAUAUGCUUCACGGCUGAUAAAAUUGAAACAGCAAAAUGAGAAUAAACAGCUCUCAGGCAGUUACAUGGAAACGUUGAUAGAAAAGUGGAUGAAUUCAUUGUCUCCUGAGAAAGUGCUUAGUGAAUGUAUAGAAGGAGUAAAGGUAGAGCACAAUCCUGACCUGUCAGUUACUGUCAGCACUAAAAAAUCCCACCAGACAUGGACCUUUGCUCUCACCUGUAAGCCUGCAAGAAUGCUGUAUCGUGUAGCAUUGCUUUAUGAUGCUCAUCGUCCUCAUUUUAGUAUCAUUGCAAUAUCUGCCGGAGAUAGUACUACCCAGGUAUCACAAGAAGUCCCAGAAAACUGUCAAGAAUGGAUAGGAGGAAAGAUGGCCCAAAAUGGAUUAGAUCAUUAUGUGUAUAAAGUCGGGAUAGCAUUUAACACAGAAAUAUUUGGAACUUUUCGCCAAACCAUAGUUUUCGACUUUGGAUUGGAACCAGUACUCAUGCAAAGAGUAAUGAUUGAUGCAGCUUCUACAGAAGAUCUCGAAUACCUGAUGCAUGCAAAACAGCAGCUAGUAACCACAGCUAAACGUUGGGAUUCUUCCUCUAAGACUAUUAUAGAUUUUGAACCUAAUGAAACUACUGAUUUGGAGAAGAGCCUUCUUAUCAGAUACCAAAUUCCCCUCUCUGCUGACCAGCUAUUUACCCAGUCCGUUUUAGACAAAUCAUUGACCAAGAGCAACUAUCAGUCACGGUUACAUGACCUUCUUUAUAUUGAGGAGAUAGCCCAGUAUAAAGAAAUCAGCAAGUUCAACCUUAAAGUGCAAUUGCAGAUUCUAGCAAGCUUCAUGCUCACUGGCGUUUCUGGAGGUGCAAAGUAUGCUCAGAAUGGACAACUUUUUGGUCGCUUUAAGCUUACUGAAACACUUUCUGAAGAUACUUUGGCUGGACGACUGGUGAUGACCAAAGUCAAUGCUGUUUAUUUAUUACCAGUCCCUAAACAGAAGUUAGGACAGACCCAGGGAACCAAAGAGAAGGUUUAUGAAGCUACUAUUGAAGAAAAAACAAAGGAAUAUAUAUUUUUAAGGCUAUCUAGGGAAUGCUGUGAAGAACUUAAUCUUCGGCCUGACUGUGACACACAGGUUGAACUUCAGUUUCAGUUAAAUCGAUUACCCCUCUGUGAAAUGCACUAUGCACUAGACAGGAUCAAGGACAAUGGGGUUUUGUUUCCAGACAUCAGUAUGACUCCCACCAUACCGUGGAGUCCUAACAGACAAUGGGAUGAACAGUUGGAUCCUCGACUAAAUGCAAAACAGAAAGAGGCUGUUCUGGCCAUUACCACUCCACUUGCAAUCCAGCUGCCGCCUGUGCUUAUCAUCGGACCCUAUGGGACAGGCAAAACGUUCACUCUAGCUCAGGCUGUCAAACAUAUUCUGCAGCAACAGGAGACUAGCAGGAUUCUCAUUUGCACCCAUUCUAAUAGUGCUGCUGAUCUCUACAUAAAGGAUUAUUUACAUCCAUAUGUAGAAGCAGGCAAUCCCCAGGCAAGACCUCUCAGGGUAUAUUUCAGAAAUCGCUGGGUAAAGACUGUCCACCCAGUUGUGCAUCAGUACUGUUUGAUCUCAAGUGCACAUUCCACCUUUCAGAUGCCCCAGAAAGAAGAUAUUCUUAAACAUCGAGUGGUGGUUGUUACAUUGAAUACUUCCCAGUACCUCUGUCAGUUGGACCUUGAACCUGGGUUUUUUACACACAUUCUAUUAGAUGAAGCUGCCCAGGCCAUGGAGUGUGAAACCAUUAUGCCUCUAGCAUUAGCAACUCAAAACACUCGGAUUGUUUUGGCUGGUGAUCACAUGCAGCUCAGUCCUUUUGUUUACAGCGAGUUUGCCAGGGAGAGAAACCUUCACGUUUCAUUACUUGACCGACUCUAUGAGCAUUACCCUGCUGAGUUCCCAUGUAGGAUUCUCCUGUGUGAGAACUACCGCUCCCAUGAAGCUAUCAUCAAUUACACCUCUGAGCUUUUCUAUGAGGGCAAACUGAUGGCCAGUGGGAAGCAGCCAGCACACAAAGAUUUCUACCCACUAACUUUCUUUACAGCACGAGGAGAAGAUGUACAAGAAAAAAAUAGCACAGCUUUUUAUAAUAAUGCAGAGGUGUUUGAAGUGGUGGAACGUGUGGAAGAGUUAAGAAGGAAGUGGCCAGUAGCGUGGGGGAAGUUAGAUGAUGGCAGUAUUGGUGUGGUGACUCCAUAUGCUGAUCAAGUGUUUAGAAUACGUGCUGAACUUCGAAAAAAGAGAUUAUCUGAUGUUAAUGUAGAAAGGGUGCUAAAUGUUCAAGGAAAGCAAUUCAGAGUUUUGUUUCUUAGCACAGUACGUACAAGACAUACUUGUAAACAUAAACAGACACCAAUUAAAAAGAAAGAGCAACUUCUGGAAGAUUCCACAGAGGACUUAGAUUAUGGUUUUUUAUCUAACUACAAGCUUCUCAAUACUGCCAUCACAAGAGCACAAUCCCUGGUUGCUGUGGUGGGUGAUCCCAUUGCUCUGUGCUCUAUUGGAAGAUGCAGGAAAUUUUGGGAACGGUUUAUUGCCCUGUGUCAUGAAAACAAUAGCCUACAUGGAAUCACUUUCGAACAGAUCAAGGCCCAGUUAGAGGCUUUAGAGCUAAAGAAGACAUACGUGUUGAAUCCGCUGGCACCUGAAUUUAUCCCCCGGGCUCUAAGACUGCAGCAUUCAGGAAGUACCAACAAACAGCAGCAAUCACCACCCAAGGGGAAAAGUCUUCAUCAUACCCAGAAUGAUCACUUCCAGAAUGAUGGAAUUGUUCAGCCCAAUCCUUCCGUACUCAUUGGCAAUCCUAUUAGAGCAUAUACUCCUCCACCCCCUCUUGGACCUCACCCAAAUUUGGGAAAAUCUCCAAGCCCUGUUCAAAGAAUAGAUCCUCACACUGGGACAAGUAUUCUUUAUGUACCUGCUGUCUAUGGAGGGAAUGUAGUUAUGUCGGUGCCUUUACCUGUACCAUGGACAGGAUACCAGGGUAGGUUUGCAGUUGAUCCUCGAAUCAUUACACAUCAGGCAGCAAUGGCCUAUAACAUGAACCUGUUACAGACACAUGGACGAGGAUCUCCUAUUCCUUAUGGCCUUGGACAUCACCCACCUGUCAGCAUAGGCCAGCCACAAAAUCAGCAUCAGGAGAAGGAUCAACAUGAGCAAAAUCGAAAUGGUAAAAGUGAUACAAAUAAUUCCGGACCUGAAAUUACUAAGAUUCGAACACCAGAGAAAAAGCCAACAGAACCAAAACAGGUUGAUUUGGAAUCAAAUCCACAGAACAGAAGUCCUGAAUCACGUCCUAGUGUUGUUUAUCCCAGUACCAAAUUUCCUCGCAAAGAUAAUCUCAACCCAAGACACAUAAAUCUUCCCCUUCCUGCUCCCCACGCACAGUAUGCAAUCCCUAAUCGCCAUUUUCAUCCCCUUCCCCAGCUACCAAGACCACCCUUUCCAAUUCCACAGCAGCACACCUUGUUAAAUCAGCAGCAGAAUAAUUUGCCUGAACAAGCAAAUCAGAUGCCACCUCAGCCAAAUCAGGUAGUCCAGCAGCAAAGUCAGUUGAAUCAGCAGCCUCAGCAGCCACCUCCUCAGCUUUCUCCUGCAUAUCAGGCAGGACCCAACAAUGCUUUUUUUAAUAAUGCAGUUGCUCAUCGGCCACAGUCUCCUCCUGCAGAGGCUGUGAUUUCGGAGCAGCAGCCCCCUCCCAUGCUGCAAGAAGGCCACAGUCCUCUGAGAGCCAUUACACAACCCGGCCCCAUUCUUCCUUCGCAUCUGAAUAGCUUCAUUGAUGAGAACCCCCCAGGAUUACCUAUAGGGGAGGCUUUAGAUCGUAUACAUGGGAGCGUCGCUCUGGAAACAUUAAGACAGCAGCAGGCACGGUUCCAGCAAUGGAGUGAGCAUCAUGCCUUUCUCAGUCAGGGCAGCGUUCCAUACCCACACCAUCACCAUCCUCACCUCCAGCAUCUUCCUCAGCCGCCCCUGGGAUUACAUCAGCCGCCAGUGCGGGCAGACUGGAAGCUCACCAGCAGUGCCGAAGAUGAAGUGGAGACCACAUACUCAAGGUUUCAAGACUUAAUCAGAGAACUGUCUCAUCGUGAUCAAAGUGAAACACGGGAACUAGCUGAAAUGCCACCACCUCAAUCAAGACUUUUGCAAUAUAGACAAGUACAGACUAGAAGCCCACCAGCAGUCCCAUCUCCCCCAUCCAGUACAGACCACAGUAGCCACUUUUCUAACUUUAAUGAUAACAGCAGAGACAUUGAAGUAGCCAGCAACCCAGCAUUUCCGCAGCGCCUCCCACCCCAGAUAUUCAGCUCACCUUUCUCAUUGCCAUCUGAACACCUUGCCCCUCCUCCCUUGAAAUACCUGGCACCUGAUGGAGCAUGGACUUUUGCUAACUUGCAACAGAAUCACCUAAUGGGGCCAGGUUUUCCCUAUGGCCUACCUCCAUUGCCUCACAGGCCACCGCAGAACCCUUUUGUACAAAUACAGAAUCAUCAACAUGCUAUUGGUCAAGAGCCAUUUCACCCAUUGUCAUCUCGAACAGUAUCUUCUUCUUCGCUCCCUAGCUUAGAAGAGUAUGAGCCCAGAGGACCUGGUCGGCCCUUGUACCAAAGAAGAAUCUCAUCUAGCUCAGUUCAACCUUGUUCUGAAGAAGUAAGCACUCCUCAAGACAGUCUGGCUCAGUGUAAAGAGCUUCAGGACCACAGUAAUCAAUCUUCUUUCAACUUUUCAUCCCCGGAGUCCUGGGUAAACACCACCUCAUCUACUCCUUAUCAGAACAUUCCGUGCAAUGGAUCCAGCAGGACAGCUCAGCCCAGAGAGUUGAUAGCGCCACCCAAGACUGUCAAACCCCCUGAGGAUCAACUGAAGUCGGAGAACCUCGAGGUGUCCAGUUCCUUCAACUACAGUGUGCUGCAGCAUCUCGGCCAGUUUCCACCCCUUAUGCCCAACAAGCAGAUCGCGGAGUCAGCCAAUAGCAGUAGCCCCCAGAGCUCUGCAGGGGGCAAGCCUGCCAUGUCCUAUGCCAGCGCUCUGCGGGCCCCUCCAAAGCCCAGGCCCCCUCCUGAGCAGGCCAAGAAGAGUAGCGACCCUCUGUCUCUCUUCCAGGAACUGAGCCUGGGAAGCUCAUCUGGCAGCAAUGGCUUUUACUCAUAUUUUAAAUAAUCACUUUUUUUUCCCCUCAAGGGAGAAUGUUUUAAUUUCUGUUUGUAUCAGUAGAAUUAAGGUAGUUGGACUUCAUCUAUAGAUGCACAGUUCCCUUUGUUUUAAUAUUAAAUAUGUUCUCACUUAAUUGCUUUGCUGCUAGACUUGCAACUAAUUUUUUUAAAGUAUAUUCCAUUAUUUUGCAUUUUUGAUGUGUCAAAACUUUGACAGCUUUUAUGUAGAAUAAAAACAAAUUUUUAAAUUUGUGUAUUGUUACAUGUUUGCAUCAAGCUAGCAGCCAAGAGGUUAAUUGUGCAACUAUUAAAAAAAAAAAAAAAAAAAAGUUUGUCUAAAAUGUAUUUAAAAAGAAAAAAAAAUUGUAAGUAGCAUUUACAUUUAUUCAAUAUAUUACCAUAUGCUGGGUUUCUGUACCAGAAAUGGCCAGUUGAUGUACAAAUGUAUGUUAUUUUUGCUUAAAUUCAUUUAAAUUUUUUUUAAAAUAAAGGGGCAGCAUCUUCUAAGUACUUUAUCAGCCUUUUUUUUUUUUUUUUUUUGUGACACGAUGCUGCGUUCUAAAACUUUUAUAGUUUUAGACUAUGUAUGAUGUGUUGUUGUAAUCUCCAUCCACCAUAGGAUAGAGUUAAAGGCAUUCUUUUUGCAGGCAUAUUUUGUAUGCCACUGUUUUUUGAAAUGUGAAAAAAACGUUGGCAUACUUAGUUAUUUUUUGGACAAGCUACACUUCAAGCUUGUUUUUAAUGUUAAUUUGAUAGUGUGUUUUUUUUUUUUUUAAACAAAUCAAGAAGCUGAAAAAUUUUUAGGAUUGUUGGUGCUUAGUAGACUUGAUAACUAUUUUAAAAAUGCGUGAAUUUAGUACAAUUCUUUUUUUCUCACUAUGCAUGUGUAAAUGUUUGUAACCUGGCUUCCCUCUUCUCCAGUGGUAUAAAGAAUUGUGCCGCUUUAAGGUUUGGGUUUUUUUCCCUCCAGUAAAAAUUUUGGUACCUUAUUUGAUGUUUACAUUAAAAUGUGACAUUAUAUGUGGCAAUUCAAAUAUUUUGCUAGCUGUCUUGUUUGAGGAAGACCAUUAAAGAAGAAAUAUAAUGUUUGUCAAAAAUGUAUCAAAAUUCAUCAGAAUCUGGGGCAGAAAACUACCCUUGUUUUUCAUGUCUUUCAAUUCUUCUAAAAUUCUCCUAUUGAACUUGUACACAAUAUAAAAUUUAAUAAGCCAUCUUAAAUAUUCUACCAUCUAAAAAUUGCUUUGAAUGAAUUUUGGUAAAAUCCAAAGGAAAAUGUUUACCCUCUUGAAACUUUUGGUCUUGUCACACAUUUAAAGCAAUAUAUGUCCUUAUUUUCCUGACCUAGUAAUACUACUUUUAUAUUUCAGAGGUAUCUUGAAACUACAGUAUAAACUUUUAAAAAAUAAUAAGACGAGGCUGGGAAACCUUUCAAGUGAACCCAAUCUUCCUGAUGAUCCAUUCAAAAACAGGUUUUUGGAAGACCACUUUUGAUAGGCCAUCCUAUAAUCAAAGUACAUUUUUUUAAAACCAGGUUGAGAGGUGGCAAAGGUAAAGAAAAAUUACUGACAUUUCUUCUAUGAUUGGAGUUUAGUUUAUGUUGGCCAGCUACAGCCCCUUUUAAUCCUCAGACAAUUUGGGAUAAAAGAGUGCCUUUGGUUAAUGGUUAGCAAGCUCCAGGACAAGCGCCGCGUGCCUCUUUUAUUCAGCUCUACCUUUCUGCUAAGAGCGCGGUUCAUUUGUGUGUGGCUUCGCGUUACAGGCUGUGGGUCUCCGUGUAAGGUGGCAGACAUAGACUUGUAAACUGCAGACGUGUUAAUGGUUAGUAUAAAUCACAGUUGGAAAACUGAGCCAACAAGUUCCAGCACCACACUUUCUCUGUAUGAUGUCAGAUCACCACAUUUAGCAAUGUCAAAUUUUACUCAACAUACUUUAGUAGGAAGAAAAGAAGAAAAAGUUUUGCCAUGUAGCUAUGUACUUUUAAGUCUAUGACGAAACUCAAGACAUGGUCUGAAUGAAAAUUAGAUCUCCCCGAUGUGAGGAUGUUAUCAUUUUCCCAUCAGUGAUUAUCCACCCCCCGGCCCCCACCCCAGUACACAGGACUACAACGCAAGCUAGAUAAAGUGUUCAAAAGCAAUCUGAUAAUAUGAAGACAGAAUUGUCAAGUCAAGGCUUUCAGUUGACCCCUUGUCAUGAGGUUAUUGCCUAAUUUUCUGUUUUCUAUACUUGAAUCUUUAAAAAAUAUCAGUUUUUAAAUUAUUUAUAUUUAUAUUUAGUUAAGGGUCAUGGGGUCAUGUAUGCACCCCCAUUACCUUAUAUAAAUAUGUUGAUGAUGGAAGCUUUGGAUAAGGAGUCUGUUAAGUUGUCAUGACAUCCUUGUUCUAAGCAGUUAUUUCUAAAAACUAAAAAUAAUAGCUACUUAUUGGCCCACCUCUCUGCUGUGAGUAUAUGAGUGCUCCUCAUUCCUUAUCAUUUCCAUAGCCAGUCAAGGAUUCUCAUGUUGCUUCCAUCUGAUACUCUUCUUAGAUUCUGCAUCAAAUGCUUAUUUUGACUUAUAACAAGCUUACUCUUCCUCAGCAUUACAUAAUGCCAUCUUUGUAACCGUGCUUUAAAGAACCUGCUCAUUACGCAUACAUAGUAUCUUAGAACAUUUUGAACAAGUCUUGUGUAAGAAUCAUUGCAAGUUUCCAUCAAAAUGAGGCAUGUCUCCUGAGUACAGCUGAUGUUCUUUGGGUAUUACUUGAGUAGUAGUAGCAAGUACCCAUAAAUCAGAUUUAUGAAACAUAAUUUAUAUACUAGGUUCAACCCUUAUAUAUGCAUAUAUAUGUAUAGUAUAUGUAUAUAUGUAUAUAAAUUUUUUUUUCCAGAAAACUUGAUGAUAGCGCUCAGAUAAUACCAAGUAUUACCAGCCUCCAUUUCUUCAGAACACAUUUUUUUCUAAGUGAGGUUAAUUAUUCACAUAAUGUCUUUUUACGUCUUUGUCCUUUGUGUCACUCUGAAGUUUUCUUUUUCUUGCCAGGAUAUUUUGUUUCACUUUUUAAUUUCAGUGCUACUUGAGAUCUUAAAGACCGUAUUUUAGAUGAUAGAGUUUGUAAAGUAGAGCCUUCAUGCUGAAAAAUUUCUUUUCAUGAUCUAAAAAUGGUAUUUUGUUACGAUUGGAAGAAUCUCAUUCCGUGUAACAUGGAUAUUUUCUGGUGUGUUUUUAAAGGGGCUUUUGGUUGUCAUUUGGACAUAUGCUUUGCCAAAAUGUUAUAGCAGAACUUUGUUUUUGAUUAAUCAGUAGUUAAUUAUUGACCAUUUAAACUAACAUGACCUUAAUUUUCCUUUCCUCACACAGAUAUGCUUUCUAUCCAGGUCAUUUUUUACACGUGAAAUAACAAACUGCUUUGUGUAGGUUUUUUUUUUUUUAAUCAUCAGAUUUUAGAAUAAGUUUAGGUUCGAUGUAAGCAUCAACUGGUCUUUUCAGUUCAGAGAACUGCAGACUACGUACAAUAAGCAGAAUUCCCACUGGAUAAGCAUUACCUAAUUAAACAUAGCAAUUUCUAAGACCUAUUUAUGAAAAUACUCUCCUCUUUUAUGGAGGCAAUGGAGCUGCUGAGAAAGCUAACUGAAUUUCCCAACUUUGGGAUAAUUAAUAUAUAGUAUUGUGUUGCUCUAGUGUAGUUGAUUUUAUGUGUUUAAUAUUUUUCAUGUCAAGAGCAAAGCUGCAGACGUAAAAGGUAUUUCUCUAGCCCCCUUAGCUACAGCGAGCCACCUCUGUUAAGAGUUCAGGGUGUGAAGAACAAUUUCAAGAUAAAUUUUAGUAUUUCAACUAUCGUUAUUAAGAAAAUUAGACUUGCUGAAAUACUCAUUUAAAAACAGACACCUUCUAUAGCAUUGUUUUAUAGUGGAGUUGUUGUUAAAAAGGGAAUCCCAGAAAGAAUCUAUAAAAAUACAAGGUUAAAACUUUAAAUGUAUUGAAAGAUACAAAUUGGUGCUUUCAGAUGUUAUGUAGGCUAGCCAUCGUUUUUUGUUUUUUUCCCUCCAGCUCCUCAAUGGUAGUAAUUUGUCUUUUAUGAUUUACCAGACAUUAUUUCUUGCUUACCAUCGAAAAAUCCUUAAUUUCUACUGUCACGCUAUAUGUCUUCCUGAAUCUCAAGGUAUAAAUGUCUUAAUGGAUCUGAUUUGUCUCCACUCUUUGCCAUCUGAUCCACAUUCAAACCGUCUAGAAAUUAGAAAGAAUAGCUAAUGUUCUAACUAUGAUUUCUGAUUGAAAAUAUCCCGUAGUGGUGCCUGCCAAUCACUUACAAAGACACCAUCUCCAUCUUGAAAGAGUACCUGGCAUGUUAGUCUUGAAAGUGCUCGUUAUGAUACGCUCCUCAGAUUUCCCAUCUGCUUGAGGAUGGACAUUUAUUAGCUGAGACUUUAAAACUGCUAAAGUCACACUUUCUACUUUCAUACCUGUUUAAUUAGUAAUGUCAAGACCAUUGUUGCAAGGAGUGAAUCUUAUUAAAUACAUUGUUACUACUUUAAACUAGAAUAUGAGGUUCAAGAGAUUUUAAAACAAUUGUAACAUUUAAAAUUUUUGAACCAAUUGAAAAUGUCUACUUUGGAGUGAACUUUAAGUAAACAGUCACCGGAGUUUCUAAAAAUUUUGGGGAGGGAGGUACCUAAUAGAGGAAUCUAGACUUAGAAAUGUGAACUGUGUUUAAAUUCCAAACCCAGUUCUGCAGUGGUCGUCUAAAGCGUCUAAAACUGGAGUGUUAAGAAAACCCAGAGACAUUCAUAUAGUUUCAGUUAUCAGAGUAUUAGACCAGAUUUUAUUUGCAAUUUGUUCAACAGAGAGAUUUUAUUUUGAUACAGAUAUUAAGCAUAAAGCAUAGUAAGUUUUAUAUAAUUCUAUGAGUUCAUUAAACAAUAUUAUGAAAUUUUCAUUAUGUUCGUGGGGAGUCUUUUUAACUGUUUCUACCUCAUAUAUGAGGUCUCUUCUGUAUUUUGCUUUGCAUACUAGCAUGUGAUUGCCUGCCUUAGAACUCUGUAGAGGAGGGGAAAUCAAUAUUACCUUUUAAGAAAUGUUUGAUUUUAUGACGUGUUUUCAUUAAUACUUUUUUAAUGUUUGAGAAGUAAAGGGGAAAGGGUGGCAAAUUACAUAGGUUGCAACACAGAGUAGAAGUCAUAUAGUCCUAUUUACAAAUCUGUCCUGUUUUAAGAUUUUAGAAUUGUGAACAGGACGGAGCAAUGGUUCUUAAACUUUAGCCAGUAUCAGAAUUGCCUUGUGGUCUUGUUAAAAUUCAGAUAGCUGGAUCCACCCCCAGCAUUUCUGAUUUUGGUCUGGAGCCUGUUAAUUUGCAUUUCCAACAAGUUUCCAGGCGAUGCUGAUGCUGCCAGUCCAGGAACCACACUUUGAAAAUCACUGGUCUGAUUCUCACGGCUUGAAAGUCUCAGAGACCUUCAGAGUCUGAAUGUCUUUUCAACCAUGCAUUUAUUUACUCAGUGUAAAAAACUGAUCUCUGGAGACAUUUUUAUAAAUCUGGUGCCAUGAGUGGAACAUUUGUGGAGAAAGGUCUCCAUGGAGCGACAGGCCCUUGGAUUGACCGCCAUCCCUCCUCCCUCUCACCCCUGCUGGGGUCUGCACUGCUCUUCCGCAGUAGGGUGAAGGAGCUCUUUGGUUUUAGGGUGAGUUUGCUUUUGUGUACACUGCUGCCUGGGCAUUGGUCUAGAAGCUGUGCAUUUGUUUGGUGUGCUUAGAGUCAAUCUUGAUCCACAUGCAUGGAAGUGAGAAUCCUGGAAAGAAGCCAUCAGAAUGCCAUGAGAAUGCACCUAGCAUGUAUCGAGGCACUGAGUGCAGCAGUCCCUGUCCUACGAUGGCAGUGGCCUGGAGCAUCGAAAACAACAGAUAAUCCUUAAAUAAUAGUUUUGUUUUGUUUUGUUUUGUUUUUUGGGACAGAGUCUUGCUCUGUCACCCAGGCUGGAGUGCAGUGGCGUGAUCUAGGCUCACUGCAACCUCUGCCUCCUGAGUUCAAGUGAUUCUCCUGCCUCAGCCUCCCGAGUAGUUGGGACUACAGGUGUGCGCCACCACACCCAGCUAAUUUUUGUAUUUUUUAGUAGAGACGGGGUUUCACCAUGUUGGCCAGGAUGGUCUCCAUCUCUUGACCUCAUGAUCUUGCCUGCCUUGGCUUCCCAAAGUGCUGGGAUUACAGGCAUGAGCCACCGCGCCCGGCCAAUGUUUAGUUUUUAUGGUUAUUAUUAUUUUUUUGGCGGGGGGAGGGUGGUGAGGGCAAAGGAUUUGUUUUUCAAAUUAUGUGUUUCUCAGGUUAACAAAGUUAUUUUAGAUUCUCUGGCAUGCCAGCAGGUGUUAGAGAGAGCCUGAAGUGUUAUAUAUGGCAGAAAAUAAAUGUCUCUGAUCACUUUGCUACCUUUAAAAAAAAUCUAUGUGUGUUUGCAAAACAGCCUAGGGGGAUCUGCCACCUGCACAGCAUGGAUUAUUCAUAAGUCAUAGAUGCACAUGGAUGGGCACGUUAUUUUUGAGAAAGAAACUGCCUAUAAUAUAAUAAACCUGUCAGGUCUUUGGGUAGUUUUUAAUUUGUGUGUUGCUGUUUUAUCUGGACUGCAUCUUGGGGGGUAUUGGGCUCUGCUUCUGGUUUUUAGUUUGGCUUUGAAUUUACUGAGAUACUAGAAAGACAAAAAAAAAAUCUAUUUUUAAGGUAAUAGAAUACAGAAUGACUUAGGUGUAAAAGUACACGUGAAGACCGUCGUAGAAUAUAUAGCUUUGGAGUUUUCUUAAGACACAGUCCUUCCUGCUGAAAAGGCUCGCUAACCUUCGGAGAGGAUUGUUUAUAUUUUCAGCCUAGGUUCCUUUAUGCAGUCCCAACUUAGGGGGAGCUUUGGUUUAUUUACACUUCGCUUUGCACGAUACCUUGUAUGCGAAGACCUCUUUAUAUCUUUCAGUAGGUCAGAGGGCUCUUUGUCCUGGUUGAAGUCCCAAAGUGUCAGUGCAGCUGAGAAUGUCUCUCAGCCUCCCCCUUUACAGAGGAAGGGUCCUGGAUUUUCAUAAAUCCAGACCAUGCCUGCUUCCUAUAAAUCCAUGUAUAUGACAUUGUACUGUAUCUGAUUCCUGUGCCAGUCAUCUGACCUGAUCCUUUAAACCCCAUAAAGGUACUGGCUAUAUGUAGUAGUUGUAUCCUAGGUAAAUAUGGUGAUUAAAAUACUUCUCUUCUAAAUUAUAAAGAUAAUGAGUUCUGCAUUUUAUUAAAGGGUCCUGUUAUUAGUGACACAGGAUUUUUUUUUUAAUGCUUCAUACAUAUAGUUCUUAUCUAAACUUGUUCAGCUAACUUCAUAGAUGAGUUACUUAGCAAAUUCAUACUGGGUCUUAUUUUGGGAAGUCUUCCUGGGGGAAGCGGUACAGAAUUGAGGUGGUCAGGUGCAUCUCCUCAAAGUACCAGUUAUACAGCCAUCUAAAUAAGCAUAAUUUGUGGCAAAAUUAGAACAAUGUUUUUUCUUUGCAGUAAAUGAUACCUCAUCUGAGAGGCUCUAAUACCUAAAGAGUUGAUCCUUAAAAGGAAAAGUGACUUUGUACCAUAAAAUAACCCCAAAGCCACUCUCUAGGGUUUUUAUUUUCUUCUUUCUUUGUCUUUAUCUUUUCUAACUUAGUUUUGGAAUUACGUUAGCUACUUUGGUUCCAUAGAACAAGUUUUCAACUUGGGGUCUACAGUUCCUACAGUGUGCUCAUUGUCUCAGUGAAGUUCUUUUGUUUUCAAAGAUUCAUGGUAACACAAAAUGUAUUUUACUGCUACAACUAAAAUGUAUUUAUAAUAAAAUGCCUUUUUAAUAA